AUGAAGAAGUAUGUCAAUCUCUAAUACUUGAAAUCUCAUUUCUGUAUUCAAGAUCACAUACUAAUUAAGGAGCAUCCUAAACAUUUGCAUACUCGAUUAUUACAUGGAAUCUUGAAUCCAUUGUUUGCUAAACAAACUAGAUUUAUUUUAAGAGAAAUUUGCAGAUUGAUGGAUAAGACAUGUAUAAUGUUAGAGAUUCAUGAUCGUACUCUUUUGCCGGAUAUAUUCCACGAAUUCAAUUUUGUGAGAAGUAGAGCAUUUCCUCAUUUCUUGAAGUAAAAAUGGGAUUGGACUCUUGAUGAUGAUUAAAAAGAACGUAUGGGCACAAUCCUAGAUGAUCGUGACCCAUACGAUUAGACUCAAUCUCCCUUUUCAUUAGCAAUGCUUACCAAAAAGUAACUAUCCAAUGUUAAAAUCUCCAAUAAUUCUCGUAUUGUAGUAGUAGGGGCAUCUGAUACUGGAUUGUCUUUUAUUGAAUCAUUACUUACUAUAAAGGAUAUUCACUUUACCAAUAUUAUUUUAUUGGCUCCUGGAGGAUUGAUAACCAUGCAUGUUAAACAUGAAUUUGAAAUGUUAAAAGCUAUGAGUACCAAUUAUACAUUGGAAGAAUUAAGAGCGUUGAUGAUAGAUGCUAGAGUGCAGGUAGUUGAUGCUAAAAUGGUAAAGUUGGAUAAAAAGGGAAAUCGAAUUAAAAUUGAUAAAAAUGCAUUCAUUCCUUUUGAUUAUCUCAUAAUCACCGUUGGUUUGAUUGAUACUGAGUUGCAAUCAAGAGAAAAGAUUAGUUUUGGCCUAUCCAAAUCCCCCUAUUACAAAAAUUCAUAAUUUAUAAAUGGAGUUUACAGCAUAGAUGAUCCAUACCUAUACUCCCAUUUCAAAAGAACUGGAUUCAAAGGAAGUAACAUUGAUUUGUUAACAAGAAAGAAAAAACCACAGAAUAUAACAAUUUAUGGUAACACGUUGACCACCAUUACAUUCAUGAAUGGGUUACUCAAUAGAGGUGUUCAUCCAUCUCGUAUUAAUUAUGUUAUGCCACCCAAAACAUUUUAGAAAUAAACCAGGUUUGAGAACAAUAAAUAACGACUUGAAUAGGAGGACAAAAUGAUCUUUGAUCCAGAUUAAUUUGAAAACGAGGAGGUCAAAAAUAAAGUAUUCGACAUUAUGGUAAAAUUGGGCAUUAAAAUACAUUAAGGAUUCACAUUAUAUGAAUUAAAAGUGGGGAAGGAAGGAUUUGGAUUGAACAGUGAAGAUGUACUAUAGGAAGUCAUCUUUAGGAAGUAAGCAGACAAUUAUGAGGAGUUGAAAAUAGAGAUUCAGAGGAAGGAGCAGGAACUUUAAGAGUUGAAGGACAAUUCGGAAAACAAUAUGAGCAAAGACAUGUAUGGAGAAUAGGAGGAAGGAGAAAAUUAGUUAGAAGUGCUAGCUAGAGAAAUUGAAUAACUCAAGGCAAGUGAAUAUGAUUACUUGUAAUUGGAUUCAAGAUUCUUUAUCACAAGUGGAUUGAUUGACAUAGACAAGGAAAUCUUCCAUAUCAUCCAUGAAAAUGGAUUAGUGUAUAAUGGUAGAUUGAUUGUAAAGAGUAAUUUUCAAACUACUUAAGAAAAUAUAUUUGCUUGUGGUAAGAUUUGUGAGUUCUCCCAAAGAUAUAAGCAUCAUUCUGUCGGAAAGAGUUUAAGAUUAGAUAAGUAUAAUGGAAGAGAACUUGGUUAAAAACUAAGUAAAUGCAUUUUGGAAUAGCUGAAUCUAAGUUAUCUGACAUCCCAGACUUAUUCUGUAGAUGAACUACCUCAAUUAUAUAUGCCAAUUGGACAGGGAGGCAUAGUACCUCAUAAACUCUAUUAUUAUCACAUUAAAAAGAAUGACUUUUCUAAACCUAGACAACUUUAGUAACUGCCAUCCAAACCCAUCUUAUCUGAUAAUUUCAGUAAUGGAAAUGGACAUUUCCUAUAAUUUGAUAUUGAUCCAAAUGGAUUGAUUGAGAGUGUCACUUAUUUUGGUUCUGAAGCUGUUCAUAUCCCCAGUUUAUUGUAAUUUGUAGAGUUAUCAGUUAAAUAUUUGAAUAAAUUGGAAUAGAGAGGCAAAUUAAUAAAUAAUGUAUCUGAAUUUCUAUCUGAAAAUUGGGCGAUAGCAUUAUACCAUGAAUGGUUUAGUGAAUUCAGACACAUCACUAAAAGUGAGAUGCUGAAAAACGAAUUGAUCGAUUAGGUAUUGGAGAAGGCAUAAGAAUAUGCCAGAGAUGGCCGAUACAUGGAUGAGAACUUCUUUGAAGAGAUAAAGAAAUUAAUUACUAGAGACAUUGUAGAAAACAUUCAAGAAGGUACUAUUGAAUUCGUCAGGGAAAAUCAAAAUCAUUUGCCUAUGUAUUUUAUCCCCAAAAAGAAACUUAAUUGAAAUAUUUUAGAUUAGUAUUUGUUGUAAAAUGAUAUCAUAAUAUUUA